GACGCACGCUGAUCAUCAAGUCCAGCAAGGAAACAAACAUAGAGCGUCAUGGACGACGCGCAGUCCCGCUCCCAUGAGCUAGCGACAGGAUGGCCUCUUCUCCCCCAGCUGCUGGUGGUGCCACUCCUCCUCCUCCUCUGCCUGCUGUCGUCCGGGCGGAGGAGCAGAGAGCAAGGAGCAGCAGAACGAAGGCGUGCUCCCCCGGGGCCCCCGAAGCAGCUGCCGGUGCUAGGCAACCUGCUCCAGAUAGGCAGCCGGCCGCACCGCUACUUCCAGGCGGUCGCGCGGCGGUACGGCCCCAUCGUGGAGGUGCAGCUCGGGCGCGUGCGCACGGUCGUCGUCUCCUCGCCGGAUGCUGCCAAGGAGGUCCUCCGGACCAACGACCUGCACUGCUGCAGUCGCCCCAACUCACCAGGUCCCCGGAUGCUUAGCUACGACUUCCUGGACGUGGCCUUCAGCCCCUACAGCGACUACUGGCGCGAGAUGCGGAAGCUUUUCAUCCUGGAACUCCUCAGCAUGCGGCGCGUGCAGUCCUUCGCCUACGCCCGGGCUGCCGAGGUCGACCGCCUCGUCUCCUCCCUCGCCAGCACCCCUCCGGGUGCCGCCGUCGACCUCAGCGAGAAGCUGUACGCGCUCUCCGACGGCGUCGUGGGCACGGUGGCGUUCGGGAAGAUGUACGGGUCAGCGCAGUUCGAGCGGAGCAGCUUUCAGCGGGUGAUGGACGAGACGCUGCGGGUGCUUGGGAGCUUCACGUUCGAGGACUUCUUCCCGGCGUCCAGGCUCGCGCGGUUCGCCGACGUCCUCACCGGAGCCGCCGGCCGGAGGAGCCGCAUAUUCCGCCAGAUCGAUCGUUUCUUCGAUUCGGUUAUCGAUAAGCACCUCGAGCCGGAGAGGCUGCAGGCCGGCGUGCAGGAAGACAUGGUCGACGCACUCGUGAAGAUGUGGAGGGAGGAGCAGGCGGAUGGUUAUGAGGCUCCUCAUGGAUUAACGCGUGAUCAUAUCAAGGGAAUCCUCAUGAACACAUUUGCAGGUGGCAUCGACACCUGUGCUGUAACAAUGAUCUGGAUCAUGGCCGAGCUCAUGAGGAACCCUAGGGUCAUGCAGAAAGCGCAAGCCGAGGUCCGCACCUUGGUGGGAAACAAACCAAGGGUGGACGAAGAAGACGUCAAGAGCCUCAGCUACCUGAAGAUGGUGGUGAAAGAGAACUUCAGGAUCCACCCACCGGGGACCUUGUUGAUUCCACGGGAGACCAUGAGGAGCUGCGUCAUUGGCGGCUACGACGUGCUGCCAGGCACAAGGAUUUUCGUGAACGUUUGGGCAAUGGGAAGGGAUCCUAGCAUCUGGGAUCGCCCGGAGGAGUUCAGUCCCGAGAGGUUCGAGGGAAGUCAUGUCGACUUUAGAGGCUCCAGUUUUGAGCUCCUCCCGUUCGGCUCAGGACGAAGGUCAUGCCCUGCCAUCGCCAUGGGUGUCGCCAAUGUGGAGCUUGUCUUGGCCAACCUGUUACAUUGCUUUGAUUGGCAGCUCCCUGAAGGGAUGGUGGAGGAGGACAUCGAUAUGGAAGAAACAGGGCAGCUUGCUUUUAGGAAGAUGGUGCCUCUUUGUCUUGUGCCUAUUAAGAGAGUAUAAAUGUAUAAUUGCACUGGAAGGAUGAUAGACUAUACGUGCAUUCUCUUGACAUAUAUUCAGUUCAAAUAAACUACUUUAAAUAUUUUCGUUUGAU